UCAUCCUUCACGAUCGGAAGUGAAGUAGGACGCCAUUAUAUACAAAGUUAACAGAGCUGUAGUGAAAGCCUGAAGUCGCCAAAAUGGCGGACUUAGAGGCUGUUUUAGCUGAUGUCUCUUAUCUAAUGGCAAUGGAGAAAUCUAAGUCCACUCCUGCCGCUAGAGCAAGCAAGAAAAUCGUUCUUCCAGACCCAUCCGUCUAUCAUGUUAUGUACAAGUAUUUUUACGAUAACGGGCAGUUGGAAUUUGAUUAUAUUUUUGAACAGACGAUCGGCUAUCUGCUUUUUAAAGAGUUUGGUGAGACACAAUGUGACGAGCCUGCCCAAUUGGCUUUUUACGAAGCGAUAAAAGAAUAUAUGAAACUACAAACUGUGGAAGAAAGGCUUAAAAAAGCUCGGGAGAUUUUUGAUGACUUUAUAAUGAAAGAGCUUUUGUCAUGUUCACAUAAUUUUAGUAUUGAGUCUCUGGAGCAUGUAAAAGGUCUGCUGUCAAAAUCAUGUGCACCUGCAAAUCUUUUUGAGCCUUACACUGUAGAAAUAAAGAAAAGCCUUUGUGGUUCUAUAUUUCAAAAGUUUCUUAAAAGUGAUAGAUUUAUACGCUACACGCAGUGGAAAAAUGUUGAAUUCAACCUUAAUCUUACCAUGAAUGACUUCAGUGUUCACAGAAUUAUCGGACGUGGAGGUUUUGGUGAGGUUUAUGGUUGCCGUAAGGCAGACACUGGCAAGAUGUAUGCCAUGAAAUGUUUGGACAAGAAAAGAAUCAAAUUAAAACAGGGAGAAACACUUGCAUUAAAUGAACGAAUCAUGCUUUCACAUGUCAACAGCCCUUUUAUUGUCUGUAUGACUUAUGCAUUUCACACUGUGGACAAAUUAUGUUUUGUUUUGGAUCUUAUGAAUGGUGGUGAUCUUCAUUAUCAUUUAUCACAACAUGGAUUAUUUAAAGAAGAAGAUGUUCAGUUCUACGCUUGUGAAAUAGUCCUUGGCUUGCAGCAUAUGCAUAGUAAAUGUAUCUGUUACAGAGAUCUAAAGCCUGCAAACAUAUUGUUAGAUGAACAUGGUCAUGUGAGAAUCUCAGAUUUGGGUUUGGCUUGUGACUUUAGCAAGAAAAAACCUCACGCUAGUGUUGGAACGCAUGGUUAUAUGGCUCCCGAAGUGUUAAAAAAAGGUGUUGCCUAUGAUUCAUCUGCAGAUUGGUUCUCUUUAGGAUGUAUGUUAUAUAAAUUACUAUUGGGUCAUAGUCCAUUUCGACAGCACAAAAUAAAAGAUAAACACGAAAUAGACAGAUUAACCUUAACAAUGGAUGUUACGUUUCCUGAUCAAUUCUCCGACGAAAUGAAAAGCUUAUUACGUGGUCUUUUACAGCGAGAUGUUUACAAACGUCUGGGAUGUAAAGCACGAGGUGCUGAUGAAGUGAGGGAACACGAAUUCUUUAAAGACAUUGAUUGGCUUACGGUUGAGUUACUGAGGUUGAAACCGCCACUUGUUCCGCCUCGUGGUGAAGUGAACGCCGCUGACGCAUUUGACAUCGGCUCCUUUGAUGAAGAUGACGUCAAGGGAAUCAAACUGUCAGAUGCUGAUCAGGAAAUUUAUGCAGAAUUCAAUCACGUUAAUUCUGAGCGUUGGCAGGAAGAAAUUGCUGAAACUGUUUUUGAUGUGGUAAAUCAGGAACAUGACAAAUUAGAUCAGAAAAGAAAAAGUAAAUUAGCAAACAUCAAUGGGCAUGAAAGUGCUGAAGGCAGUGAUCGUAUACUGGAAGGCUAUCUUUUUAAAAUGGGAGGACCAUUUUUGCCUGGUUGGCAGAAACGAUAUUUUCUACUUUAUCCAAAUAGAAUAGAAUGGCGUGGAGAACAGCAACAUGCAACAAAUUUGUUAUGUUGGGAGGAUGUAGCUUCGCUGGACGAAGCAAAUAUUAAAGGAUUUAAAUGUGUCAAAAUAGUUACAAAGGAUACCAAAGAACAUUUACUUAGAGCUGAGUCUCAAACAGAAUAUAAUGAGUGGCUAAAAGAAUUGAAAAGAACUUUCAACCAUGCCAUUGAAAUGAUGAGGACUGGAGCAAAAAUCAUUGGUCGUGGUCACCUUGUAACGCAAUCUAGUCGAGAUGAUAAUUAAUAAUGAUAUCACUUAGCAGAAAUAGCAAAAGCUGUUCAACUCCAAUCAGCACAGUGUCAGACCACUGUCUGUGUAAUCCAUGAUCUUGUGGUUAGUUCAUUUAAGCCAAUGAAAAGAAGAGUUCCUUUACAACAACUUUAUACAAUGUGCUCUUGAAAUAGGUAUUUAUUUUGUGCAGUAAUAAGAGGCUUGAUUCGAAGUUGUUAUUGACAUUUUACAUGUGUGCUCGCAAAUGAUCAGGUGUAGAGGAUCCUUAACUGCAAGGAGCAGGGAAGAUGUCUUCUUGUGAAGUGUAAUGUUUAAAAUUAUGUUAAGAAUUUUUUUGAAUUGUAAAUUAAGGGUACCUAAAUGUAAUCUUGUAAUGUUUCCUAAGGUUAGUUUAAAUUGCACAUUUAAAAUUUUUUUGUGUAAUGUUGCCAGCCAAGUGCUGUUCAACUUUAGGUAUUAUAUUGGAAAAAAGUGACAUUUUUAAUGGUAAUCUCUGUCAAUGAAGUGAAGACAAAGGUUUAGAAUAUUGACAUGUAUAAAAUAUCUCUGAAAAUUUAUAAAACGAGUGAAAUAUUAGUUGCAUGUUUUAGAAAUUGAAAUCAACACUAAAAAGAAAAUAAAAGCCUACUAUCACUCA